CACCAUCGGAUUCUGUCCGUCUUCCUCCUCUCCAAAUUUUCAGAAGUGAAAACGAGGAAAGAAGACACCGAACCCUUCCUUGGCAAUAACACAAAAAAAGAGAAGACGUACGAACUCGGAGACUCUCUGGAUAUGGAGGAGCCACACGAGAACUAGCCUGAAGGCUUAAUCAAACGAGCCGGAAUAUAUUUUCUUCGACGGCCGUUGCCUUCCCCGGAUCCGGUUUCCUGUGGCCUCUCCGAUUCUCUCCCCCGUCUCUUUGCGGUCGAGAAGCAGGGAGCACCCGCAAGCACGAAAUUCGAAUAAAGGAAGGGAAAGAUGUGGGUCUUUUACCUGAUCUCGUUGCCUCUAACCCUUGGUAUGGUCGUCUCUACGUUGAGAUACUUCGCCGGGCCGGAGGUGCCGCGUUACGUUCUCUUCACUGUCGGUUACACCUGGUUUUGCUCCCUCUCCAUCAUCAUCCUCGUUCCCGCCGAUAUCUGGACGACCAUGUUUUCGUUUGAAAGUGGCGCAAUUUCUUUCCUCUGGAGCUGGUCAUACUGGAGUACUUUUUUACUUACUUGGGGUAUGGUGCCCCUUAUUCAAGGUUUUGAAGAUGCUGGGGACUUUACUGUGACUGAAAGGUUGAAGACUAGCAUACAUGCUAACUUAAUCUUCUAUCUGAUUGUCGGUUCUGUUGGCCUUUUCGGACUUAUUCUUCUGAUAAUGAUGCACAAGAUAAGGACUAAUGGUGUGCUUGGUUUUGCUAUGGCGUGCUCAAAUACUUUUGGACUUGUGACAGGUGCAUUUCUUCUUGGUUUUGGUUUGAGUGAGAUUCCAAAGACUCUAUGGAGAAAUGCAGAUUGGACUAUACGACAAAAGGUUCUUUCUCACAAGAUUGCAAAAAUGGCUGUGAAACUUGAUGAUGCCCAUCAGGAAUUCUCCAAUGCCAUUGUGGUCGCUCAAGCGACAUCAAAUCAGAUGUCCAAGCGUGAUCCUUUGAGACCCUACAUGGAUGUCAUUGACAAUAUGCUGGCUCAACUGUUUAGGCAAGAUCCAUCUUUUAAACCUCAAGGUGGUCAACUGGGGGAAAAUGAUAUGGACUAUGAUACAGAUGAGAAAUCAAUGGCAACACUCAGGCGUCAUCUUCGACGAGCCCGAGAUGCAUACUAUCGCUACAAAAGUGAAUACAUGACGUUUGUCUUGGAAGCCCUUGAACUCGAAGAUACAAUUAAAAACUAUGAACGGAGAAAUUCAACUGGAUGGAUACCCUUAUGCUUGAUUUUGGUUUCAUUAAGUAUUUUUAUGUUUCAUGUUUAUAUGAAUCCAGAAUUUCUUUGGAGAUGCAUCCUGAGGAAGCAACUUGAGAAGCUCUUGGCUAUUAUACUUGGCACCAUGUCAGCUGCAAUUCUCUUAGCUGAGGCAACACUUGUAAUCACUGGUGUUGAUUUGUCACUUUUUUCUCUUCUUAUCAAAUCUGUAGGACGACAAGAACUCUUUGUACAGGUCUCAGUUCUUGUGCCUUUGAUGUAUAUGUGCAUCUGCACAUAUUAUUCAUUAUUCAAAGUUGGAAUGUUGAUGUUCUACUCACUAACUCCCAGGCAAACAAGUUCAGUGAGCUUGCUUAUGAUAUGCUCGAUGGUUGCUCGAUAUGCUCCUCCAAUUUCAUACAACUAUCUUAACCUCAUUAAUCUUGGUGAUAAGGAUACCAUAUUUGAACAGAGAAUGGGGAAGAUUAAUGAUGCUGUUCCCUUUUUUGGAGUCAGCUUCAACAGAAUCUAUCCACUUUUCAUGGUUCUCUACACUCUGCUGGUCGCAAGCAAUUUUUUCGACCGUUUACUAGGUUUCUUUGGGAAUUGGAAGAGGUUUAGGUUUCAAACAGAGGUAGAUGAUACAGAUGGCUUUGAUCCUUCGGGGCUAAUUAUCCUUCAGAAGGAAAGAAUAUGGCUAGAACAAGGACAGAGAGUCGGUGAGCAUGUUAUCCCUCUAGCGAGAAACUUUAACGGUGUGGAUGUUGAGUCUGCCAGCAACAAUAUGGAUAAGACAACGGUGGAGAUGAAGUCUACAAGCAAUUUGAUAUCCGAUGAGAAAGCGGGAAGUUCGUCAAGUAGAGUUUCAAAGGAAGAGACUCGUCGAGCCAAUCCGAGCAGAGAAGCUCUUAGCAGUAAGUAUGCUGCGGUUAGACAGCAGAGUAGACUUUCCAACCUGAGGCCGGUGGAGAAGAACAUAGCUUCCGCUAAGGUGUCAUUGCUUGAUGCAGGCAACUCAGAUUCCGACAACACAACUCGAGGGGGGAUGUCGUCAUCUUCAUCUGGCCUGACUGCUAGGUGGGAGUCGAUGAAGAAUGGGUUUCAAACCUUCAAAGCAAAUAUAGAGGCGAAGAGGUUUAUUCCUUUAAGGCAGACGCUGGAACCUUCAAAGCCCAUCAUCUCCCACGAUUCCUCGCACGAGAGCCUCGACGAGAUAUUCCAGAGACUAAAACAACCAUCCAUUAAUGAUCCUGGAAGUCUGAGUGACGAUGAUGAUGCCACCAAAUGAUUGCGAAAUCGAUGGAAGCCGAAUUCGCUGUAGCAACCAAUAUUCUGUGUACAGAUAAAAAGGUGACUCAUCAAAACUAAUACACAAAUUGUUUUUCCUUUCACACUGAUGUGCCCCUGUAGGCUGUAUGGUGGCUGAAUAUCUGUGUCCCCGGAAGCCGGGGGGAAAAAUUGGUAGAGAAAGAAGCUGCAGAAAUAGGAUAUAGGAAUUUGCUUUUCAGCAGGGCACCAUUGUUGAAUUGAAUUUGGUGUACAAGGCAGAGCCAAGUUUUGGGGUGUGAUUGCCAGACCAGAGCGAUGGCCUUUGGAAACAGGGACGUGGCGAACGUUAUAUACAGUUGUAUUAUGUUAUUGCAGCAAAUGUUAACAAAGAUUGUGUUGUCUGCCAGAGUCUGAACUCGAUAGAUAUACCUCCCAUGCAUAGUAGAGCAUAUAGUUCUCCAUUUCUUGACGUCUAACAUUCCACAUAUUGCCAUGGCCAU